ACGUCUCCAAACGUCAAUAUUGGCCCAAUAGAGAAGACAUUAGUUCAAAAUACCUUCGACGCUUCCUUCCUCACCCAAUAAAAAACACCAUUUUAUUUCCUUGAUUUGCCUUUUCUUUUGAAUUUUGUUUCUUUAAUAUCUUUCCUUGAGUCGUGACACAAAGAAGGGAAGACGAGGGAUUAUAAAGAGAAAACAUCAAGACGUACGCCCUUUAUUUGCUUCCCUUUCAUCUAACCUUGGUUUUCUCUACUGUAAGUCACAUCGGCUAAGGACUAUUAGUAUCUAAAUUCUAAAUUAUGGUCCUUGAUGCCAUUGUAUCUUCUCCCCAUCGGAGAUCAGGAUCAAUGAGGAAACAAUUCCCAAAAGAUGAGUUGGGGAGCUGGUCAACACUUGUUCAGAGGCAUAGAUUCCUCUUAACAGCUUUGGGACUCUUAGCAUUCUUAUGUACUAUCUACCUUUACUUUGCUGUUACUCUAGGAGCUACAGACACAUGUUCUGGCUUGGAAGGAACACAGAGAGCAACGUGUAAACUGCAGCACGCAAGGUCGACUCUAUCCCACGGAAAACUCAAAUUAUUUUAGCAUGUUUUUAUGGAAAAAUCACUGGUUGCUUUUGACAUUCUAUUUAUCAUUUUUUUAGGCAAUUUGAGGGUUUUUAAACUUGAGAAAGAAAAAUAAACACAAUUCAUUUAUAGUAGAUUAGCUAGUGUUGGUAUGCUUGUGGGUGUUUAUAUAAAGGGUUUAAUAUGUGCAGUGGAAAUUGUUCUGCAAACCUUAUUUGUAAUGAAUUAAUGUUAUGAAGAAGCUAAUUUUGUCCA